GGGCCGAGAAGGCUGGGCAUGGAGAAGUCCAAGAGGAACCUGCUCCCGGUUGAAGCGAAGGCACCUCUGCCCGGCCCUGCGCUGCGCUGCCGCGGCCGCCCCCAGGCUGCUCUCGCCGGGCUCGGAGCACGGGAAGAGGCAGAAUAAGGGGAAGCUGCCGCCGGGGCUGUCACCUGCGGGCCCAGGGACGGCGGGCUGCCUCCAUGGGGCGGGCUGGCUGGGGCUUGCCUCGCCUGUGCGUGCGGUGGGCAGCGCUGCUGCUAGCGCUCUGGCCCUGCUGCGCCCACGGGAACUGGCUGUGGCUGGGCAUCGCCUCCUUCGGGGUCCCGGAGAAGCUGGGCUGCGCCGGGCUGCCGCUGAGCGGCCGCCAGAAGGAGCUGUGCAAGAGGAAGCCCCACCUGCUGCCCAGCAUCCGCGAGGGCGCGCGGCUGGGCAUCCAGGAGUGCCGGAGCCAGUUCCGGCACGAGCGCUGGGACUGCCUCCUCCUGCCCCCCGACGCCGCCGCCGCCGCCGCCUUCUCCGUCUUCGGCGCCGAGCUGAGCAGCGGCACCAAGGAAACAGCCUUUAUAUAUGCAGUGACGGCGGCAGGCCUUGUACAUUCAGUGACUCGAUCAUGCAGUGCAGGAAACAUGACUGAGUGCUCCUGUGAUACAAACCUGCAAAACGGUGGCUCAGCCACUGAAGGCUGGCACUGGGGUGGCUGCUCUGAUGACAUCCAUUAUGGAAUGUGGUUUAGCAGAAAGUUCUUAGAUGGGCCUAUUAAGAACAUAACUGGAAAAGACGGGAACGCAUUGAUCUCAAUGAACCUGCACAAUAACGAGGCUGGAAGGCAGGCUGUAGCAAAGCUGUUGUCAGUGGAUUGCCGUUGUCAUGGAGUUUCUGGGUCCUGUGCCGUGAAAACUUGUUGGAAAACUAUGUCUUCAUUUGAAAAGAUUGGCCAGUAUUUAAAGGAUAAAUAUGAAAACAGUAUACAGGUAUCGGACAGACUGAAGAAAAAGCUACGCAGGAAAGAAAAAGCCCAACGGAAAAUACCAAUCCGCAAGGAAGAUCUUCUCUACAUAAACAAGUCACCCAACUACUGUGUAGAGGAUCGCAAACUUGGGAUUCCUGGAACACAGGGAAGGGAAUGCAAUCGCACUUCGGAGGGACCAGAUGGUUGCAACCUCCUCUGCUGUGGCCGUGGUUACAACACUCACGUGGUCAGACAUGUGGAGAGGUGUGAAUGCAAGUUUGUCUGGUGCUGUUAUGUACGCUGCAGAAGAUGUGAGAGCAUGACUGAUGUUCAUACCUGCAAAUGAGACACUCUGCCUCCGAAAACAAAGCAACUCCUUCCUGCUGAACAGGACUCAUUCCUCCCGUGUUGGAAUAACAAGAGGAUCAGUCUCAGUAACAGAGCUCACGGAAUGUAUUGUAUUCCAAACAGUUUGGUUUCUAACUGAAAGAGCAACUCAAGAUAAAUAGUAGCCUGCACAAAAUGAUAAAGUAACAGCAAAAAUGGCCAUGCCUUCUGAGAAGUCCGGGUGGAUAGUGACAUAUUUGAAUAUGUAAUGCCAGAGCUAGUUAGGGGUAUUAAACUUUUCAUCAGCAACAGCCAUAACAAGAUGAUCAAGAAUUGCCUUAACGUUGUCAAUAAAUAUAGUGGAAAAAAGUUAAGAAGAGGUAUUGGCUUUUAAUGGCCACAGGCUGAAAGGAUACUGGACAUGUGAGAGGUGUCAUGGAGUCCUCACUCCCAUCUGUUUAAUAAUGGGAACCAUUCAGGAGCUAGAAUUGCCCAUGUAUGGCUUGUUCCUGCAUGCUGCUGAAAGAAAUGAGGAUGCAAAGCUCUACUGUUGAACGUGCAGUGCUUGAUUAGCCACUGUGCAGAGGGGCAGUCAUGUAGUGUAAAUGUGUUGGUGCUCAGUAAUGUGAGCUGAGUACUUGGGAGAGUGGGGAUAAUGGGUAUAUUUUGGGUGGAGAUGAGGCAUGGCCAGGCCAUCGGUGCUGGAGUUCGUUCUAGUGAAUGCAAAUAGUGUGCACAGUAGCUGCCAUUUUUAGUAUUUUCACAAGGCUAUUACUCAAAUGUGCUUAGAACAACUGAAAGGAGGGCAGCUGUGUAGGAGAGAAUGGUAGCUGAAGGAAACAGACUGCUGCAGCCAGCUCCUCCAGGUCUCAUAUGUGUGUGGGGCACAGUGUUCUUGCCAGCAGGGCCAGCUCCAGACCCCAGUGCGCCAAGCGUGCGCUUGGGGCGGCAUGCCGCGGGGGGCGCUCUGCCUGUCGCUGGGAG